AUGACAUCUACCUGCACCAACAGCACGCGCGAGAGCAACAGCAGCCAGACGUGCAUGCCCCUCUCCAAGAUGCCCAUCAGCCUGGCUCAUGGCAUCAUCCGUUCGGUCGUGCUGCUCAUCUUCCUCACCAUCUCCUUCGUUGGCAACAUAGUGCUGGCGCUCGUGUUGCAGCGCAAGCCGCAGUUGCUGCAGGUGACCAACCGCUUCAUCUUUAACCUCCUCGUCACCGACCUGCUGCAGAUUUCUCUUGUGGCCCCCUGGGUGGUGGCCACCUCCAUGCCUCUCUUUUGGCCCCUCAACAGCCACUUCUGCACAGCCCUGGUUAGCCUCACCCACCUGUUCGCCUUUGCCAGUGUCAAUACCAUUGUCGUGGUGUCCAUAGAUCGCUAUCUGUCCAUCAUUCACCCCCUCUCCUACCCGUCCAAGAUGACCCACCGCCGCGGUUACAUGCUCCUGUAUGGCACCUGGAUUGUGGCCAUCUUGCAGAGCACACCCCCACUCUAUGGCUGGGGCCAGGCUGCCUUUGAUGAGCGCAAUGCCCUCUGCUCCAUGAUCUGGGGAGCCAGCCCCAGCUACACCAUUCUCAGCGUGGUGUCCUUUAUCGUCAUUCCCCUGGUUGUCAUGAUUGCCUGCUACUCGGUGGUGUUUGGUGCAGCCCGGCGGCAGCAUGCUUUGCUGUACAACGUUAAGAGUCACAGCCUGGGGGUGAGGGUGAAGGACUGUGUGAAGAAUGAGAGUGAACGAGGAAAGAAGAAGGAUGAGUUCCAGGAUGAGAACGAGAUCCAGAAUGAAGGCGAGGUCAAGGCCAAGGAGGGCAGCAUGGAGGCUGAAGAAUAUCCCAUGGAAGCCACGAAUGGCAGCAUGAAGACCAAAGCAGGAAGUAUGGAUAUCAGCGAGGGUAUCCUGGAGACCAAGGGCAGCCGGGAGGUCAGUGAUGGUAGUAGCAUGGAAGGUAGGGAAAGCAGCCCUGAAGUUGAGGAGAGCAGCAUGAAGCCAAAUACCUGUUGCAUCGAGGUCAAUCAAUGCAACAUUGAUUUGGGUGAAGACGACAUAGAGUUUGCUGAGGAUGACAUCCAUUUCGGUGGUGAGGAUGAUGUUGAGGCAGUGAACAUUCCAGAGAGCCUCCCACCCAGUCGUCGAAACAGCAACAGCAACCCUCCUCUGCCCAGGUGCUAUGAGUGCAAAGCUGCAAGAGUCAUCUUCCUCAUCAUUUUUUCCUACGUGCUGUCUCUGGGGCCCUACUGCUUUCUAGCAGUCCUGGCCGUGUGGGUGGAUGUCCAAACCCAGGUACCCCAGUGGGUGAUCACCAUAAUAAUCUGGCUUUUCUUCCUGCAGUGCUGCAUCCACCCCUACAUCUAUGGCUACAUGCACAAGACCAUCAAGAAGGAAAUCCAGGAUAUGCUGAAGAAGCUCUUCUGCAAGGAAAAGCCCCCCACGGAAGACAGCCACCCCGAUCUACCUGGAACCGAAGCUGGCACAGAUGGGGGAACUGAAGGCAACAUCGUCCCCUCCCAUGAUUCUGCUACUUCACCUUGA